ACCCCGGGCAACAGUGAAGAAGAAGAUUGGAACAUGUACAAGGUUGGAGGGGUAGCAGGAGUGUCAGGUGCUCUGGGAUUGUUUUCGGCCUCUGUGCUGGCCGCCAGCGGUGAUGAGAAAGCCAGCUCAACUCUGUUGAGUGUAGACGAGCUCUCUCUCUACACAACACCACAGCAGAAGUUCCAGUAUGUGGAGCCUGAGAGAGGGCAGGUGGAAGAGGGUGUGGCCACAGUGCGAAGACUGGCAGAGCCUUAUGCCACCUGGUGCCAGCAAACGGCCAGCUCUGCCAAACAGAAAGUUCAGGGUGUCUAUGGAGCAGUGAAACCCAAGGUCGACAGUACUGUGCAGUUUGGGCAAAACAGUUAUGCUUACCUGAAGAACCCUCCACCUGAGUUCUACCCCAGAGCUGGAGUCAUUGGCUUUGCUGGGAUCCUUGGCCUUUUCCUUGGACGAGGUUCUAGGCUGAAGAAACUGAUCUACCCAACCACACUAAUGGCUGUUGGUGCUUCUAUGUACUAUCCAAAAGAGGCUGUUACCAUCGCAAAGAAAACAGGAGACGGCAUGUACGACUGGACACUUCAGGCUUAUGUUGCCAUAGAAAAUCUUAUCAAAGACAAACCCGCCUCAAAGAAGGUUCAACAGAAGUCUGAUCAAGCAGAGAAGAGUUCUAGUGGAGAGACCAAAGCUUAGAUGCAUCACCUCUCGGGUCUUUUCAAUGGUCAUGUGUGUUUUGGCCAGGCAAAUACAGGAUCUCCGUCCUUCAAUCAACCUUCACAACCUGCUUUUGCACUAGCUACUUCCUCUUUCAUCUGUCAAUCAUAAGAGAGGGGUUAGUGGUCUGGAAAGUUUUGAACUUGAAAAAAAAGGAACUGCUGCGAUUGUAUCGAAAAUGCACUUGUGUACCAAAAUAAAUAUUAUAUUCCA